AUGGCAAACGAGAAGGCGUUUAAUGUUCAGUCUGCUUAUUCAGAUCUCAACAAGGCUUGUAGUGCUCAAGCGUACGAUAAAAUUAUAAAUAUUUCUGGGAAAAUUCUUACAAAGUAUCCUGGUGAGACUAAAGCUUUCCUGUGCAAGGUUGUUGCCCUUAUUCGAACCGAGAAAUACGACGAUUGUUUGAAUUUCUUGAAAAAAAACCCAACACUAUCUAGUCAUGUCAUCUUUGAGAAAGCUUACGUUGAAUAUAGACUUAAUCGUCUCACUGAAGCCGCAAAAACUCUUGAAUUAGCCGAGGCAAACGAUCCAAAAGCUCAGGAACUAAAAGCACAAGUGUUUUACAGAAAAGGCGAUUUUGCUGCUGCAUACGCCUGCCUACGGUCAGUGAUUCGAAAUUCUCAAGAUGAUUAUAGUGAAGAACGGCUCGCGAAUCUAACGGCGGUGGCUGCUGCUGAAUCAUGCUUUAAUAACACUAAUCUGGACCUAGAUGUUAACCCCCAAAUGUAUGAAGGAAAGUUUAAUCUGGCAUGUUAUCAUCUUGGACGUGGUGACUAUCAUCUGGCAUCCAGACUGUUAGAUGAUGCUGAAAAUACUUGUAAUCUGUGUCUCUCAGAAGACCCGGAAUUAACUGAAGAGGAGAAGAAUGAAGAGUUAGCUCCUAUAAGAGUUCAGCGAGCUUAUAUUUUGCAGAUCAAUAAGGAAGAAGAAGAAGCGAACCAGGUGUAUCAAUCAGUCAUUCGACAAAGAGCUUCAGAUACUGCUCUUCUAGCAGUGGCUGCUAACAAUAUUGUCUGUAUCAAUCAAGAUCAAAAUAUAUUCGACAGCCGUAAACGUAUUAAGAUGGCUUCUACAGAUGGUUUACAAUUUAAGCUUUUUUCUCGCCAACGUACUGAUAUGCUUAUCAACCAAGCUUUGUUUUACUGGUACACAAACCAAAUGGAGGCUUGUACCGCAAAGCUACGUACAGUUUUACAAGAGGAGUUAAGUCCACGAGCUUUGCUUUUAUCGGCUGCUCAGUUAAUUAAAGAGAAAAAUAUUGAUAAAGCAGUUUUACUCUUGGAAAGUUAUUUGUCCAAUGUUACUGGUAAUCAGAUAGAUGCAGAAAUCCCUUUAGCUUUGGCUCAAAUAAAUCUUCGCCGAAUAUCUGCGAAUCAUUUGGGAACUGGUAGUCCGCAACCUAAAAAUGCAUUAAAUGUAGCCCAAAUGCUUGAAAACAUUCUUCCUCAGCACUUAAUUCAUUCUCCCGGUGUUUUGUCAACACGGAUCGCUUUAUAUCUUUUAGCGAGCUCUGGUGAAAAUGCUGUACAAACACGUCCCGAUAGCAUGAAACAAAUAAUCAAUUGCAUUGAAUCAACCCUUCAUUAUUAUGAAGAGUUAGGAGAACAGAAUGAAAUUUAUUCCCAUUUGUUGGACAAUUGUGCUGGAUUUCUUCUGCAACAAGGUGAGGCAAAACUUGCGGCUGAAAUUCUUGAAAAACAGUUAGCCCGACUUGAAUCAAACGUUUCUCAAGAAAAACAAAAUAGUUUAAUCAAACAAGUACUGGUAGCUCGUUUGGUACGUGCCUACGCACAGUUUGAUCGUCCUAAAGCCGAACAAACCUGUAAAUCAUUACAACCUAAAGAAUCUCUCUCAGAGGCUGAUGUAGAUACUUUGGAAACUACAUUUUUAUAUGGAGCAAAGUCUUUAAAACGGCUUAGCAAACCCAGUGAGCCAACGGAUAUUUCAGACAAAGGCAAGUCAAAACGAAACCAAAUUAAAAAAAACAUUUCUAAUACUCCUUCCUCAGAUCCUGGUGUGCAGCAGGUUACUUCACGUUCUAAGCGUAAAAAGAAGAAGAUUCGCCUGCCAAAGAAUUAUCAGCCAGGAGUUAUGCCUGACCCUAAUCGUUGGUUACCCCGACGAGAACGUACUCACUAUCGUGGCAAACGUCGUGACAAGCGAUUUGCUCCUACACGCGGUCCUCAGGGUCAAAUAACUGGAGAAAGUGAAUGGGAUGCUGCUAUACGUAGUCCUAAAGUCAAAGUUCAUGAAGACGGUUCAGCAGGAUCUACUCCUAAACAAAUGUCUAAUACAGCUAAACAGCAACAAAAGAAAGGUCGUAAGAAAGGCCGAUAA